AUGAACUCAUCUUCUAUUACAGGCAACGCAAUACUAGCAUUUUCAACAGCAUUAAAUAUUUCUCAAUGCAAGUUUUUAAAUACCGAGAGCUCAAGUUCUGGGGGGGUUAUAAGUGUUUUUGGUAGCAGAACUUUUAUACAAAAAUCAUUAUUUGAAAAUUUUAAAUAUUCAGCAAUUGAGGGAUCUGAAAUGGAAUUUUUAAAGAUCGUGGAAACAAGCUUUAAGAAUAGUCAAGGAAAAAUAGGAGGAGCAAUUAGUUGUACAAAUACUGAUUAUGUUUAUAUUAACUCAUGCGUUUUUGAUAAUGGGACAUCAAUUUAUGGUGGGGCUUUGUAUUUUGCUUUUACAGACAUAGCCCAGGCCUGCUUUGGAUCGCUCUGGGCUUCACCUUGCCGCCUCAACCUGUGGGGUUGACUCGGGCAAAGUCAGUUGCCAAUCAAUCCCAAAAGUGGCAAACGUCGCUAUAUUUUUACUGUCAGUACAUGGGGUUGACUUUGAAACUGAUAUUUUCUGAUUCAGCCCACAGGUUGAGGUGACAAGGUAUAGCCCAGGGCGAUCCAAAGAAGGUCCUGGACUAUAAUACAAUCAAUAGUAAAAAUUAUGCUCUUUUACAAUAAAUAAAAAUUUUGGUACUGCUUACCAUUUUUCUAUAUUAUGUAGUGAAUAGGAAAAUGGCUAACCAGUAGCAAUGCUUCUAUUGAUUAUAAAUGGUUAUAUGAAAUAAUGUCUACGGAAUUUGUAAAUAAUACAUCAUCAGCUGGUGGGGCAAUUUAUCUAGAUAAUAUAAAUGCUGAUAUUAAAUAUUGUAGAUUUUAUGAUAAUAAAGCACAAGCAAUGAAUCAAUCAUCUGAAGCUACUCAUGAUUCAGGAAUAGGAGGAGCUAUGAAACUAGGAUGUAGUUACUCAGGAGAAUGCAAUUUUAAUGUAUUUUCUAAUGAUUUUGUAGGAAAUAUAGCAGAUUAUGAAGGAGGAGCUAUAGUAUAUAUGAAAAGAAGUCAUGCCAAAUUUCCAAAGCAAUUCUUUUGAAAACAAUAA